AUGGCAACUGCGUCGCAAGCUACUACCCAGCGGCCCUCCUCAAGCAUAAAAUUGCCGUGUGCAACGUGUGCAAAACCAAUCGGCAUUGUACGAUGUGAAGGAUGCCUGAAACUAUUCUGUCGCACUGAUUUAAAUGAGCACCGAAACCAACUAAGCAAACAAUUAGAAGAAAUCACGGUUGAACAUGAUCUGUUUCAACAAACACUGAAUCAAUCAACAGCCGAUCCACGUUCUCAUGCGCUCAUAAGUCGAAUUAAUGCUUGGGAAAAAGAAUCGAAAAACAAGAUUAAACAGGCAGCAGAAGAAGCUCGUUGUCUGAUUGAAAAUCAGGCAAUAAUGAAUACAAAACAGAUUUCGACCCGUUUUCGUGAGAUGACUGAUCGAUUAAAGAAGGAACAAAAGGAAGACACAUACGAUGAACGAGAUUUAAAAAGAUGGAAAGAGCAACUCGAGCAGCUCAAGGAGAAUUUUUUAUCGCCAUCUUCCGUUGUUAUAGAAGAGGCGCCAGAAAACUUUAUUGCAAAAAUCCUAGUGAAAGAUUUGGAGACUCUUGGGAAAAAAUUUGAGCAAGCUGUUGGUCACCCAGGGAUAAAUGAAGAAGUUCGAUGCAAAGGAGAAUAUUCUGGUGGUAUACACAAUAUCCGGCUGAAAGUCGAGCAAUAUGCUAAUGGUCUCAUGUUUUUCGGUGUCAACUCGAAAUCGACACCACUAAAUGUUAAUAAUCUUACUGCGGCGUCGUCAUAUGGAUGGACAGCUGGGCCGACCAAUAUAGUAUAUAAAAGUGGACAAGCUUUAGUUAACAAUAAUGACUACGUCAGUGAUUUUCAAACUAAUGACAUAGUUGAGCUUGAGUUGGACUGUUAUCGUCGACAUAUUCAUAUGCGAAAUCAUCGUUCGAAUAAACAAUAUGAAUUGCAAAUCGAACUUGAGAAAUGUCCAUUUCCGUGGAUGUUUCAUUUUGGCUUUUCGACGAAUGGUGAUCGACUUCGCAUCGUCGAAUAA